ACCCCCCCCUCCCCCCCCCCACACACACACACACACCCCUGUUGACGAUAGAACCGCCACUGCAGCCAGCAAAAGAAAAGAAGAAGAAAGCAAAGGUGGCGAAGUUGGUGUGAAAAAGUGACAAAGGAAGAGAGCGAGAUGGAAAGAGUGUGUGUGUGUGUGUGUGUGUUGGGGGGGGGGGGGAUAUAGAGUUAAACAUAGCAGAGAGGAGGGAGAUCCGUCAGUGUUUGUUUCCUCAGGAUGUGGUUACCGCGACGACGAAAAGGCAGCGCGGCGACAUCACGACACCGCGGGUCCCUUCUGACACCUGUCUUCAGUGUGAGGAGUGCGUGUGUGCGUAUGAGAUAGCGAUGCAUGCGGUUUGCUGUGCCUGCGCCUGCGCGUCCCCUUUUGCGUUUUCGGCGCGACGCUUGCGUUUGUACUUCUGUGGGCGUUCACAAACCGACAGGUGACGCGCAAAAAGAGGGGCGUUCCGCGCGGAGAAGAUGGCGUGAGAGCGGCCGUCAAAGACGAGGCGGCGGAGAAUCGGGAGAACCUGCACAACGCGCGAGCGGCCAAAGCGGUUGCGUGAACAACCGCGCAAUGGAUGACUUUUCGCCCCCUUGGCAAUUUUCCGAUCCCCAUCAUCAUCCCGGUCAACCCUCCUUCCACCUCCCGCAGAGCGACUUUCAGGUCCCCACGGUCGGGCACCGGCGAGACUCCGUCCAGCAGUGUGAAAGUCAGGAGAUGUAUUCCACGACAUCGUUCCUUUCCGGAGGCCAGCGUGUGAACAGGUUCCACCAUGAGGCUUGGCAUGACGCGGGGGGGCCUCAGUUUUACAGCGGCCUUGACAGACCGUCCGAUGGAAACUGGGAAGCCACCGUGGGCCAGAAUUUGAAUCAAGCUGUGAGUCAGUGGAGCGAAAGCAGCGGAGAUCCCCAAAGUUGGGAUUUUGGCUCGAGCAGCGAGAACCCCAGUCCGUCGUCCGAGGCGCCCUGGCUCCGGUCCGGCCCGCUGAUCCAAACGGGGGCCACCCAAACUUUACCCUCGCCAAAUCUUCCCCAGACGUCGGCCGUGGGCAUCCAAAGCGGCCGCCGGGUACUGGACUCAUUCCCCGAAGCCUUCCUUUCGCAGCCGAAGAGAAGCUUCCCAGAGGUUAUCAGAAAGGAUUCUUACGAACCUGUUUGGGGACCGGCGGCCGUCGCGGGAGAGCACUUCGGAGCCGAAAAGUUUUUCCAUCCAAACACUUGCUCGACCUCCGCUCCACCGUUGCCGUUCCCUCACCUGGCGUCUUCGGUGCUCAGUCCUCCUCUCGCGCCUUUGCCUCCCUCGUCCCACUCGCCGGCCGUGACGUCCGCCCGCUCGCCCUCGUGGGGCGGAGACGGCGACGGGGCGCUCCGCUUUUUUGCUUCCCAGGUGCCGUCGCUCGGCUCCUACGGGACGAUGUGGCCGUUCGCCGCCGGGUCGGCGGGGACCGGCUGCAUCGCAGCCCCGUCGCACCUUGUCCCCUCAUCCGGAAACUCCUCUCUCAAAUCCCGCAGAGCCCCGCGUCAUGACCAACGUCCUCAAGCGGCAGGAGGCGCCGCUCACCGUUGGAAGAACCAAAUCUACACCGGAACGCCAUUUCCCAGCAUCCUUCACUCCAGCAAGGGAACGAGAGAUCACUACACACCCCGACCCCUCCUCAACCCAGCUCGCCAAGGGACAGGGCUUUACUCGUCCCUCUCAGCCGUCCAGCCAAGACACGAGGACAAAUGUGGGGAGGCGGCAUGGGUCAACAUCGGCAGCAAUUUCCAGGCGGAGCUCCCCGCUCCGUGCGCCACUGAGGCCAGGGAGGAAUUGAACUGGGAACAGUUUCUGUGGAAGUCAUGGAGGGAGCUGCGGGAGAGUCGUAAGACGCAGGAGCAAGUGGAAAAGCUGCUGUUGAUGUGCAACUCCAGUUGCCUACCAGGAGGGGGCAGCAACAUCGAGCUGGCGCUGCACGCUCUGCAUUCCUGCCAGGCCGACGUCUUGGCCACACUGGAGAAGCUACUGCUAACUGGAACGUCACCAACAGGAGACUACCAGUAUGCCGGUAGCGACGUUUGGACCGAGAGCGAGAGGAGCGCCUUCAACGGAGUCCUGCACACUCACGGGAAAAACUUUUCGCUCAUUCACAAAACGGUGAAAACGAAGACGGUAAGCCAGUGUGUGGAGUUUUAUUACCUGAACAAUAAACUCCAAGAUAAGCAGAUAAAACAAACGCAGCAGCAGAAUCGGGAUGAGAAGGGAGGAGAGUCGGAGCAUCGCAAGAGUGUAAUUGAAAAGCAGUCGGGGCCAAAGAAGGCGGGUCCUGCGCCGCCAUUGGCUAACUCAUUCCCUUGCACGAAGUGCUGCAAAAUGUUCUACAAGGUCAAGUCCCGCAACGCUCACAUGAAAAUCCAUCGGAAGAUUCCAGACACCUGGACCGACAGGCUCAAAUCUCAACGUUUGAAUUCCAUGGUUCCCAGCGUCACUCCUGCUCAUUUUGCCCUCAGCGAUGCCAGCCUUCGACCACCGCCCACCUACGCUGGCAUCCCAGACACUCAAGUAAGCGCCAUCGUUGAUGUUGGCGGAUCAGGACCGCCGUACGUCUCAGCUUUCGACCAAUCGUGGCACUCUUUUGACGAGUUGCAAAACGAGGCUCACGUCCCUUAAAUCUGUUUUCCUCCAAACGUUGAAAUUGGGUAAAUUCCUGCAGCACAGUAGAUCACAGUCUAUCUUUUUCUCACAAUGCCGACUCCUGAGAUUCAAAUUGGACUUGAAGGGUACUUUGUUUCAAAAGCCCUUUUUGUUUGUUUGUUUAAAGUCCUUUUUGUGUGUAUUUUUUUAUUCUGUUGCCAGUGCUCAUUUCACAUUGUUUGAAUUUGCAUUGUAAGGUUUGGGCUUUUUUUCAGAAACUGUUCAG